AUGUUCUCACUCCAACCGACCCUGUUUUAUUUUUUGACCAACUCGUUUACACUGUGGCCUGAAGCCUACAGUUGCGAGGAGUCCUUGGUAAUACCUGGAACUAGAUGGCCUGGUUAUGGAAUUUAUCUUGUUGUUUCUGAGAGCAUAUUUCUUAGCCUUUAUCUCCCAUGCUACAUUGAAAUUCUUAAGUCAAAAUCUCGAACACCGACCUACCGGUUAAUGCUCAUUCUUGGGAGCUUGGAUCUCACGGGUCUUGUGAUCAGCUCCUUAAUUCCAGGAUAUUUCGUUUUCUAUGGAAUCUCAUUUUGCCAGCAACCUAUUUUCUUCUUCAUAACCGGAACCCUUGUUGUAAGCAGUUGGGUUUCCAGUUGCUUCGCCAGUAUUAUCAUGGCAAUGGAUCGCUGCGCAGAAGUGGAUCCGCAAUUUCCGUUGGCUUUUCUUGUUAGAGGUUGCACAUUCAAAUGUGUAAUUUUCUUACUGCUCAUCUACGGAAGUUGUGCAUUGUUGAUCACUCAGCCAUGUUUUUUCUCUACACAAUACCUCUGCUAUUUGUUUAAUCCAAUGCUUGGGAAAAAUCCCGAUAUGUACCAAAACUAUAUGGUUGUCGUAAACAAUACUACAGCAACCAUUUUGACAACUGGAAUGUAUUUUCAUUUGUGCUAUUACUUAAUCUUCAAGUUUGGAUAUUCUACAUCAAUGUGGCUCUACAAAUCGAAACGACAG